GGAAAUAAAAUUUUCAUUCAAUUCAAGAAAAUGCUGACUACAUAUUGGAAUUCAAUUUUUACAGGUGCUCCUUACUAGAGAAUUGAAUAUUUAGAUGGAGAAACCUUCAAUUCUUGGUUUCAUUUUAGCUAUUCUCUAUUUCAUAACAACAGAACUUGCAUGUAAUGGUCAUACUCGUAUCGAGAACAAUGUUCAAUCUGAACAAAAGGCUCUUAUUGACUUCAAAAGUGGUCUCAAAGAUCCCAACAAUCGGCUUUCAUCAUGGAAAGGAAGCAAUUAUUGCUCCUGGCAAGGAAUUAGUUGUGAAAAUGGCACAGGAUUUGUCAUUUCAAUUGAUCUUCAUAACCCUUAUCCUCGUGAGAAUGUAUAUGAGAACUGGAGCUCUAUGAACUUAAGUGGAGAAAUUAGUCCUUCAUUGAUAAAACUCAAGUCUUUGAAAUAUCUAGAUUUGAGUUUCAACUCAUUCAAAGCCAUGUCAGUUCCUCAAUUCUUUGGGUCUCUGGAGAAUUUAAUAUAUCUAAACUUAUCGGGUGCUGGGUUUAGUGGAUCAAUUCCUUCAAAUUUAAGGAAUCUUUCUAGCUUGCAAUAUCUCGAUCUUUCUUUUAAGCAUCUUUACGAUAUUGAUUCUGAGUAUCUUUACAAUAUUGAUUCUGAAUAUUUUAAUAAUUUAUUUGUUGAAAAUAUUGAAUGGAUGACUGGCCUUAUUUCCUUGAAGUAUCUUGGUAUGAAUUAUGUUAACCUUUCAUUGGUAGGAAGUCGGUGGGUUGAGGUGGCAAACAAGCUUCCAAGUUUAACUGAGUUGCAUCUAGGUGGUUGUAGCCUCUUUGGCUCAUUUCCAUCUCCAAGCUUUGUUAAUUUUACUUCACUUGCUGUUAUAGCUAUCAACUCUAACCACUUCAAUUCCAAGUUUCCUGAAUGGCUUUUAAAUGUCAGCAACCUUGUAUCCAUUGAUAUAAGUGGCAAUCAAUUAUAUGGGAGAAUUCCACUUGGUCUUGGUUCAAUUCCCAGCCCCAUUGGAAACUUUUGCAACUUAAAAUAUCUGGAUUUGGGGGGUAAUUACUUGAAUGGAAGUUUACCUGAGAUUAUCAAAGGACUUGAAACCUGCAGUUCUAAAAGUCCUUUGCCUAAUCUAGAAGUUCUAAAUUUGGCUGAUAAUGAAUUACAGGGUCCAAUUCCAAGCUCCAUUGGAAACUUUUGCAACUUAAAAUAUCUGGAUUUGGGGGGUAAUUACUUGAAUGGAAGUUUACCUGAGAUUAUCAAAGGACUUGAAACCUGCUAAAAGUCCUUUGCCUAAUU